AUGAAGUGCAUCGCAGCUGUAGUCAUCAUGGCUCUGGCCGUCGUCGUGGAUUCCGCCGUGGUUCCGCUGGUCUACUCAGCUCCCGGAACGACAUACGUACAGCAGAAUGUGGCUCCGAAAUACGUCUCGGGAGCCGUUACCUAUUCUGCCCCAGCAGUUACGGCUUACUCCGCGCCCGAAGCGACCUUCGUUCAGCAAAAGUACAUUUCGGCGCCGGCCGUCGCCUACGCUGCGCCAACUGUCACUGCUUACUCAGUGCCAGAAACGCACGUCGUCCAGCAACACGUUGCGCCCAAUUAUGUCAACCCGAUUGUCCGUUACUCAUCGGCUCCUGUUGUAAGCGCCUACUCCGUUCCCGAAAAGACUGUCGUUCAGCAGAACGUCGCCCCGAAAUAUAUCGCCCAGGCCGUCAGCUACUCCGCCCCGGCCGUCAGCUACUCGGCCCCGGCCGUCAGCUACUCAGCCCCGGCCGUUAGCUACUCAGCCCCGGCCGUAUCCUACGUCUCACCGGCCGUCUCUUACACUGCCCCGGCCGUUGCCUACUCUGCCCCGGUGGCGUACUCGGCACCGACUGUCUACGCCUCGGAUUCGGAUGUCGUUGAAGCUUCUCCGGUCGCUCCGGUGGCCUCUGUCGAAACUGUUGUGUCCCAGCCCGCUGUGGCCGUCGUUGCCCAGCAGGAAGCCCGUUAUGUGGCCGCCAAUCGAGGUGCCGUUCAUGAGGCUCCCCUCGCUGGACACACCAUCAACCAGCAGUCCCUGAACGUGGAACCGGCGCCAUGCAUCGUUGUUGCAGUCAUGGUCGCGCUGGCCGUUGCCGCCGAAGGAAGUGCCAUCGCCUCGUACGCCGUCCCGCUGGCCUACUCUGUACCGCAGACCACGGUCGUCCAGCAGAACGUUGCUCCGAAGUACGUCGUGUCGGAUUAUCACACCGCGUACGUUGACACGCCCCACGUCGACGCCCAUUACCACGGUGCCCAUGCUUAUGCUCAUGUCCCGGCCGUGUCCUACGCCAGCACUGCUGUCCACCCGGUGGCCUACGCUGCCCCACACGCCCACGUGCAUACCGUCGCUGCCCACCAUCAGGUCCACCACGAGGCUCGCUACCUGGCCGCGAACCGUGGCGCAGUCCAUGAGGCACCAUUGCCCGGACACGCCGUUUUCGUCGCAAUCGUGGCCCUUGUCUUUGCCGUUGCCUGCGAGGCAUCAUAUUUGCCGUACGAUGAUGUCCUGUCGUACCCUAACUAUGCAUCUGGAUGGCCGGUAUCGAAAGUGGUCGUCGGCAACUCGUACGGUCUACCUUCCGUCGUGGAUAAAUACUCCUAUCCAUCGUGGUAUGGCGGAUACCCACUGACCAAGAACCUAGUCUCGUAUCAGUCGGUAGCUCCAGUCCUGCCAACCAAAGUCGUCGAUAACAGCUACGGUCUGGGAUACAACAAGUUUGUCGUCGGAAGCAGCUACGGUCUGGGGUACAAUAAGCUCGUUGCACCGGUCCUUGCUACCAACGUUGUCGGAAGCAGCUAUGGCCUGGGAUACAACAAGCUCGUCGCUCCUGUUGUGUCCACCAAAGUCGUCGAUGGAGGACUAUGGAACUAUGGCGGUUACGGUUGCAUCGCAGCUGUAGUCAUCAUGGCUCUGGCCGUCGCCGUGGAUUCCGCCGUGGUUCCGCUGGUCUACUCAGCUCCCGGAACGACGUACGUACAGCAGAAUGUGGCUCCGAAAUACGUCUCGGGAGCCGUUACCUAUUCUGCCCCAGCAGUUACGGCUUACUCCGCCCCCGAAGCGACCUUCGUUCAGCAGAAGUACAUUUCGGCACCGGCCGUCGCCUACGCUGCGCCAACGGUCACUGCUUACUCAGUGCCAGAAACGCACGUCGUCCAGCAACACGUUGCGCCCAAAUAUGUCAACCCCAUUGUCCGUUACUCAUCGGCUCCUGUUGUAAGCGCCUACUCCGUUCCCGAAAAGACUGUCGUUCAGCAGAACGUCGCCCCGAAAUACAUCGCCCAGGCCGUCAGCUACUCUGCCCCGGCCGUCAGCUACUCGGCCCCGGCCGUCAGCUACUCGGCCCCGGCCGUAUCCUACGUCCCACCGGCCGUCUCUUACACUGCCCCGGCCGUUGCCUACUCUGCCCCGGUGGCGUACUCGGCCCCGACUGUCUACGCCUCGGAUUCGGAUGUCGUUGAAGCUUCUCCGGUCGCUCCGGUGGCCUCUGUCGAAACCGUUGUGUCCCAGCCCGCUGUGGCCGUCGUUGCCCAACAGGAAGCCCGGUAUGUGGCCGCCAACCGAGGUGCCGUUCAUGAGGCUCCCCUCGCUGGACACACCAUCAACCAGCAGUCUCUGAACGUGGAACCGGCGCCAGGAACUCACUAA